CUGCCCCCUGCCAGCCUCGCACCCGCGCUGUUCCAGGCCCAUCCUGGUCCUUCGCUUUACUUCUCCUUAUUUUCGUUCCGGACUCUGACUUUCGGGAACGUAUUGGGUUUUAUUUCAUUCAUGGAGACUGCUUUUAUGUCUAAAACGUAAGAGGGACAUGGGGCUAGGGCGGUACUGCCUGGGGCGCCCGAGCAGUGGACUUCACCCCUGCACAUUGUCGAGGUCGGCAGUAGGUGUUCUUCGUUUCUCCAGUGUCGCCCCUGUGCGUUGUACGGUCUGCGACCUUUUGCUGAGUGACUGCAACAUGCAAGCUGUCAUGGAUACACUGGUAGAAGAUGAUAUCUGCAUUCUAAAUCAUGAAAAAGCCCAUAGGAGAGAUACAGUGACUCCGGUCUCAAUAUAUUCAGAUGAGUCUGUUGCUUCACAUUUUGCCCUUGUCACUGCAUAUGAAGACAUCAAAAAACGACUCAAGGAUUCAGAAAAAGAGAACUCUUUCCUAAAGAAAAGAAUAAGAUUUUUGGAAGAAAAGCUUACAGGUGCUUUAUUAGAUGAAGAAACAAGUUCUGUGGGACGAGAACAAGUAAAUAAGGCCUAUCAUGCAUAUCGAGAGGUUUGCAUUGACAGAGAUAAUUUAAAGAGCAAAUUGGAUAAAAUGAAUAAAGACAACUCUGAAUCUUUGAAAGUAUUGAAUGAACAGCUGCAGUCUAAAGAAGUAGAACUCCUCCAGCUAAGAACAGAGGUGGAAACUCAGCAGGUGAUAAGGAAUUUAAAUCCACCUUCAUCAAACUGGGAGGUGGAAAAGUUGAGUUGUGACCUGAAGAUCCAUGGCUUGGAACAAGAACUAGAACUGAUGAAGAAAGAAUGUAAUAAUCUCAGAAUAGAGCUACAAAAAGCCAAACAAACGGAUCCAUCUCAGGAAGACAAUCUGCAGAGCAGAGAUCUCCAAAGACUAAGCAUUUCAAGUGAUGAUGUGCAAAAUGUAUACUGGGAGCUGAAGAGAGAAAUGUCUAAUUUACAUCUGAUUCAACCAAUUAAUGUUAAUUUUAUGAUAAAAAAUGCCAUGACAACUGACAUUUGGCCUGUACUUUCUCUUUUAGUGUGUGCCCCCGUAGGAUUCAUGGAAGACCUUGGGAAAGAAAGCACAAAACUGCACUUGACGAAUUUCACUGCAACAUACAAAAGACACCCCCCUCUCUCACCAAAUGGCAAAACUCUUUGUCAUACCACAUCUCCCCCUUUACCAGGAGAUGUAAAGAUUUUAUCAGAGAAAGCAAUUCUCCAAUCAUGGACAGAUAACGAGAGACCUAUUCCUCAUGACUGUUCAAACUUUCAGGAACACUACUCGUAUGGCAGAAAUUCUCUGGAAGACAAUUCUUGGGUACUCCCAAGCCCUCCUAAAUCAAGUGAAACAGCGUUUGGGGAAACUAAAAAUAAAACUUUGCCUUUACCCAUCCUGCCACCCCCGCAUAACUUGGAUCAACGUAAUCAAAACUGCCUUUAUAAGAAUUAAUUCUGAAGAGAUCUGUGACUUGGUCAUGAGGUUGCUGUACCUCCCGCAAGUAUUCUUGAGAAAUUAUUUAAUAAACUGAAAGCAGGUUUCGAUUAAACUUUUGCAGAGUUCUUCAAUGUACACAUUUGCACAUACUGUAACGUAUUAUGUAGUUGAUUUUCCAGUAUGAGAGCAAACCCUCCAGCUUCACAUUCUGGCUAAGAAUCAGAUAUAUACUACUAAUAAAUUAAUAAACUUGAGGUGUUUCAAAAAGUCAGUUCCGUCUUUGAUAAUGUUUGUACAUUUCUGCCUCACAUAAAGAAUGGAAUUGAAAGUUUUUAGAUAUGGUUUUACAAAGCAUGUGAAAUGUCUAAAUAGCUGUUCAUUAAAAAUAGAGAAGGCCAUUAAUAUAAGAGAAAAUUUAUAUAAGUUGCUUUAAGUUACAUAAGCAAAUGACAAUGUGAAGUUACAUUUCCUGUUGAGAAAUAUAUGAAAAAUAUAAAUGGUGGAAUAACAGUAUGUAGGUUUUUCCAUCUCUAUAUGCUAUUGUGUUUCAAAAUUUAAUCACAAUGUUUUUGAUAAAGCUUAGAAUUGCAAUUUGAAUUUUAAGACUUGAAAUAACCUGACCACAGAAGCCAACUUUAUCCCAGUACAUCUCCAGUCCUAAUUGAAAAGUGAUGAAAUAGUUGAAAGUCUACAUAGUGUGUGAAUAACUAUUAAAAUCCUAUACAUCAACCAAUUAGAAAUAGAGCAUCACAAAGGUUUCAGUCUAAUCUAUCCCUUCAGGGUCCAUAAUGAAAAUCUAAAUAUAUAAUUUAUAAAGUAAUUUUCUUCAAAGUGUCUACAGUACACUCGUUAUAUAGAGCAGCUUAUAAAUUGUUAGAUUUUGGUUUGAAAUGUAAUGUGUUACUUAUUGAGUGAUUUUUAAUUAAUUGAUUUAAGAAUUUUAAUUCUAGAAACCAAAUUCUGUGCCAUAUUGAUAUCAUAUAAUUGUAAAAUGUCCUCAAACUUUUUUAUUCUAAGUGGCCUAUCAUUUAUAAACAAGAAAAUAACAAGGAUGGCUUCACAUGGAAACUUACAUCAAUUUUUUCAGGGUUGCAGUAUUAAGAAUACUAGUAAUAAAAUGUAUUACUUGAUUUCAUA